GUAUCUUGAGUCUACAUGACCUCAGCUCAGCUCCUCACUAAGGAGACACAGCAGGCAGACAGAGGACACAAUAGCCAGCACAGUGCACGCGCUCAGUGCAGACUCAGGAUUAUGGAGGAAGGACCUUACAAGUACAUCAGGGACGGGAAUGGAAAAGUCAGUCGGGUCAUCCGGAUCGGGACCCGUCAGAGCCAGCUGGCUCGCAUCCAGACCGACAGCGUGGCCGCCAUGCUGAAAGAGCUGUACAGUGACCUCCACCUGGAGAUAGUCGGCAUGACAACAACCGGAGACAAAAUCCUGGACACGGCGUUAUCGAAGAUUGGAGAGAAGAGUCUGUUCACCAAAGAGCUGGAGACCGCUCUGGAGAGGAACGAGGUCGACCUGGUCGUUCACUCUCUCAAAGACCUUCCCACCACUCUGCCUCCAGGAUUCACCAUCGGGGCCGUGCUGAAGAGAGAAAACCCCCAUGAUGCAGUGGUGCUUCACCCCAAACACAAAGGGAAGAGUCUGGAGACUCUGCCAGAGAACAGCGUGAUCGGCACCAGCUCGCUGCGCCGCGCCGCUCAGCUGAAGAAGAGAUUCUCUCACCUGGACUUCAAAGAUAUCCGCGGGAACCUGAACACACGUCUGAAGAAGCUGGACGAGAAGGACGACUUCGCCGCCAUCAUCCUGGCUGCUGCCGGCCUCAAGAGGAUGGGCUGGGAGAGCCGGAUCAGCCAGAUCCUGACGCCUGAAGACUGCAUGUACGCUGUGGGACAGGGAGCUCUUGCGGUGGAGGUCCGGGCCAGAGAUGCUGACAUCCUGGAGAUGGUGUCCGUCCUCCACGACCCUGACACAGUGCUGCGCUGCAUCACAGAGAGAGCCUUCCUAAGGAAACUGGAGGGCGGCUGCAGCGUUCCGGUGGCUGUUCACACUCAGGUGAAGGACUCUCAGCUCUACCUGACGGGGGCCGUGUACAGUCUGGACGGAUCAGACAGUCUGAAGGAGACCAUGCAGACGAGCAUCGCUGCUGGUGAGAAGAGUCCGGAGGGGGUGGACGAGAGGCUCGAUCGAGUGGGAGUCACGGCCACGAAGAUCUCGGGUGAAGCCCAGGACCGGGCUGAGCGGCUGGGGGUCGACCUGGCCGACUUACUGCUGAGCAAAGGAGCCAAGGAGAUCCUGACGGUGGCCAGGCAGCUCAACGACGCCAGAUAAUCCUGACUCUUUCAGAGAGAGAGAAACGCUGACUCCUUGGUGAGAUCAAUGAUCGAGGAUUUCAGGCCCUGCUUGGACCAAAGUUGAGCUCAGUGAGUUUCUGCUGAAUCGUCUUACAAGGGACUUCCACCAGAUCCGUGUCCAGUCCGUCUCCAAUCUGCUGCAGUCCAGCUCCGUGAUGCAUCACGGAGCUGGACUGCCGGACAUCUGGAGUCAUGUGACCGAGGUUUUUACGGCGGCAAUCCCUGAAUCAAGGAUUCUCCUCCUCCUCUCCUCAUCCAUGUUGUCUUUCUGGUCCUCUGA